AUGGCCAUCCGAGAAGAUAUCGUAGCGUCAGCUGUGACAUUUCUUCAAGAUCCAAGUGUCGCCGGGUCUCCAAUAGAGAAUCGAGUAGCAUUUCUACAGUCCAAGAACUUGACUCAAGAGGAAGUUGAUCUUGCUCUUGCCAGAGCAAAUGGAGAGUCCGCUCCUCCAAGCCACUCGAAUCAUGCAUCUCAUCAAAUAACUCGACAGCCUCCACAAAAUUAUGGAGGAUAUCAACAAUAUCAAUGGCAGCAGCUACCUCCACCAGAUGUUCCGAAACGAGACUGGAGAGACUGGUUCAUUAUGGCCACAGUAAUGGGCGGGGUUGGCUACGGGUUAUAUUUUGUCGCAAAGCGAUACGUAUACCCGAUUAUUGCGCCACCCACCGCACCCCAGCUAGAGCAAGACAAGCAAGCUAUCGACGAUCAAUUUGAAAAAGCGUUCUCAUUGCUCGAACAGCUCUCUAAAGACACAGAUGCGCUGAAAACCUCGGAGCAAGCCCGUACAGAGAGAUUAGACACUGCAUUGUCAGAUGUGGAGGGGACAAUCGAGGAACUUAAAACUGCUAGCAGGAGACGGGAAGAAGAGGCUCGACGGAUGAGCGAUGAGGUUCGGGGUCUUAAGGAUCUCGUACCCAAGGCGAUGGAAGGACAGAAGGAAACCACCGACACAAGGCUUAGAGAGCUGAAUACCGAACUCAAGAGUCUCAAGACUCUAAUGAGUCAGAGGCUAAACCCACAAGCUACAUCAAGUUCCGCUUCAUAUAGUCGUCCGUCAUCAGCACAAAACUCAACAGCCACCACUACUAGCACGCCAAACUCAGCUUCGACGACAGAUACCGCGAUACCCAAACCGGCAACAGUAAGCAAUGGAACAGGCGCAGACGCUGGGACUUCAGGUGGGAGGAGUGCCAGUUCCUACGGUACUGGCUUACCAGCCGGGAAAGCUGCAAUUCCAGCAUGGCAACUCGCUGCUUCGAACAAGAGUGCCACAUCUGGUAGUAGUGCAGCAGGGUCCAACAAUGGAUCACAGGAGACAUCUGGAGCGGCAUAA